AAGCUCAAACACAACCCGGAACCAGAAGUAAAGCCAGUCUGAUAUCACCGCGAGACAGAGGUCAGAAAUCCCUCUUACAGCCAUCUUGGAAAUAGUGUCCUGACUCGACAAAAAUGCCCGGUGAAGCCACAGAGACAGUUCCAGUCACCGAGCAGGAGAUGCAGCAGCCUCAAGUAGAAACUGCCACACCUCCUACCCCUGAAAGUGUGGCUGCCUCCGCUCAGGCUGCUGCUGGCCCAGCUAAGGCCAAAGGCAAAGAGGCAAAGGGUGGACCAGGUUCUUCUACCCCAAAGGCUGUCCCUGGCAGAAGAAAACGAUCCUCGAUGUCUGCCUCCUCAUCAUCUCCCACCUCCCCCAAGUCCACUUCAUCCUCCACUCCACGAUCUCCCUUAGCCUCCUCACCCGGAGGUUUUUCAUCUAGCCCAAGCAAUCGUGCUGCCCCCAAGGUUGUAAAGGCUGGCAAACAAGGAAAGGUUAAAGGAGAGCCAUUCAAACCCUCUCGUGAUCUGCCAGUCCCAGCUGAGGCUUCUGUUCCAGAAUCAGUUGUAGCUGACCCUGUUGAGUGUAAAUCUAUCCCACCAGCAGAGGCCAAGCCUGUUGAGCCCAAAACUGAACCUAUUGAGGCCAAAAUGACCCCAGUUGAGCUUGAACCUGCCCUCGUUUCUGUCCCUGCUGAGCCUGCAGCCCCUACACCCAUCCCGCCCAAGCCUGUUGCAGCCCCUGUGGCUUUCAAAGUGACUUCUAAGCCUGCUGCUGCUGCACCUGUCUCAUUUGCCGAAGCAGUUGCAAGAGGUUCCCCUAAACUUGCUCCUGAGGUGUCUGCAGUCAGCCCAGAGCCAAAAUCAAUUGAGGUUACAGAGAAGGUUGAGGUGAAGGCAUGUUUGGCCCCUGUCCCAGCUCCAAUUAGACCUGCCCCCCAGGCUGCACCCUUACCUGCCUUGGAUGAUGACCUCCCUCCUCUUAUUCCACCUGCAGAGCCUGUCAAAAUGCCAGUGUUCCUACCCCCUGCUGUAGUAGAGUUCCCUAAGCUUGUAACAGCUCCUUCUAAACCGUCAGCAGUUGAGGUGAUUAACCAGCCAGCUGCACAACCAGCUCCCCCUAAACCUGCCUCAGUUGAGCCUGUUAUUGAGCCUGCUGUUGUACCAGCUUUUGAACAGGCAGCUGUACCUACCCCUCCUCCCCCUGCUGAGGGUGCUGCUGACAAGUCAGUUAAGGUACCUGCCCCAGAGGUUCCGAAACCUACCCCUGUUAAGCCUACUGCUGAUGCGCCAGUUGCCUCUCCUGAACCAGCUGCAGUGCUUACUCCAGCGGUUCUCAAACCUACCCCUGUUAAGCCUGCUGCAGAGAAGCCAGUUGCUGCUCCUGCACCAGCUGCAGUGCCUACUCCAGCGGUUCCUAAACCUACCCCUGUUAAGCCUGCUGCAGAGAAGCCAGUUGCUGCUCCUGCACCAGCUGCAGUGCCUACUCCAGCGGUUCCUAAACCUACCCCUGUUAAGCCUGCUGCAGAGAAGCCAGUUGCUGCUCCUGCACCAGCUGCAGUGCCUACUCCAGCGGUUCCUAAACCUACCCCUGUUAAGCCUGCUGCAGAGAAGCCAGUUGCUGCUCCUGCACCAGCCCCUGAACCAGCUGCAGUGCCUACUCCAGCGGUUCCUAAACCUACCCCUGUUAAGCCUGCUGCAGAGAAGCCAGUUGCUGCUCCUGCACCAGCUGCAGUGCCUACUCCAGCGGUUCCUAAACCUACCCCUGUUAAGCCUGCUGCUGAUAAGCCAGUUGCUGCUCCUGCACCAGCCCCUGAACCAGUUGCAGUGCCUACUCCAGCGGUCCCUAAACCCAUUGAAGUGGUUGUUGUACCCCCACCAUCCCCCGUUUCAGCCCCAAAACCUGUCACAGUCCCUGCUAAAACUCCAAUGAAGGUGGAGCCAGGGAUCAAGAAUGACAAGGGUUCUGGCACUGAAUCGGACAGUGAUGAAUCAGUACCAGAUCUGGAGGAACAGGACUCUGCACAGACACAGACGCAGCAGGCUCAGCUUGCUGCUGCUGCAGAGAUCGAUGAAGAACCUGUAAGCAAAGCCAAACAGAGUCGUAGUGAAAAGAAGGCACGAAAGGCCAUGUCUAAAUUGGGUCUAAGGCAGGUAACGGGAGUCACCAGGGUUACCAUUCGCAAGUCAAAGAACAUCCUGUUCGUCAUCACCAAACCAGACGUGUACAAGAGUCCUGCAUCAGACACCUAUAUUGUCUUUGGUGAGGCUAAGAUUGAAGAUCUGUCUCAGCAAGCCCAGCUAGCUGCUGCAGAGAAGUUCAAGGUACAAGGAGAAGCAGUGUCAAACAUCCAAGAAAACACACAGACGCCCACUGUACAGGAGGAGAGCGAAGAGGAGGAGGUUGACGAGACUGGGGUUGAGGUGAAGGACAUUGAACUCGUGAUGUCACAAGCCAAUGUGUCGCGGGCAAAGGCUGUACGUGCCCUGAAAAACAACAACAACGACAUUGUCAAUGCUAUUAUGGAAUUGACGAUGUGAGAGCACAUGGGAGGAGAAGGGGUUUAUGAAAGGUUGCUGAUUUAAUCUACACUUGUUUGUACAAUUUAUACCCAAGAUGGAAAUAAAGUUGUGGCUUGAUGAAUUGAA